AUAAUCCUCAUUCGUAAUCAGUCGUUCUCUCUGCUCCGCUCGCUCACGACAAGCCAGCCAAAACCAAUAUUGAAAUCGAACCUAUCGCUUAACAACUUGCUUAAAGCAAGCAUAGUGCGUAGUGUGGAAUGCGAUAACUAAAAGCUGACGCAGAUAGCUUGUCUUGUGUGGAAUUAGCAUUAUAAGGAUCGGACCAUUGUAUAGUGGAGUCGUGCCGUGUCGCUCUGAAGCGUACAACGCAGCAGAUACGGUGUUCGGAUCAGUUCUCAACCCCCCUCAGCUUGUAGUCCGCGGUUGUGUGUGUACCCGAUAGGAUGUCUCUCCUAAGUCGCUUCCGAGCGUUCCCCGGAGCGUUGCUUCAGCAUGCCAAAGUCAGCUACUCCAGUGCGGCCACCGCUGCCAAACUCCAGGAACUGGCCCUGGAGGAGAACUGCAUCCUGGUGAACGAGAAGGACCAAUCGCUGGGAAAUGCAUCCAAACGGGACUGCCAUCGGGUGGACGAAAACGGGAACAUCCGGUUGCAUCGCGCAUUCAGCGUGUUUCUGUUCAAUUCCAAGGGCGAAAUGCUGCUGCAGCGAAGGUCUACGCACAAGAUAACGUUUCCUGAUUGUUAUACCAAUGCAUGCUGUAGUCAUCCUCUGCACGACAUCGAAGGCGAACGGGAAGAGCUGAAUGCACUGGGAAUCAGACGGGCUGCCCAGCGGAGGCUCAACUACGAGCUGGGAAUUCCACUGAGUCAGGCACGCCCGGAGAACUUCCACUUCCUCACCCGAAUCCACUACGCCGAUAAAGGAGACGGCGUUUGGGGUGAGCACGAAAUCGACUACAUUCUGUUCCUUCAGAAGGACGUGGAUCUGAAGCCGAACGAGAGUGAAGUGAGCGAAAUCCGCUACAUCCGGCGGGACCAACUGGACAAGCAGAUAUCCGGCCUGGACGCCCCUCUGACACCGUGGUUCCAGCUUAUUUUGACGCAUCGGCUGAAACUGUGGUGGGACAAUCUACAUCGGUUGAAAAAAUUCCAGAAUCUCAACGAAAUCGAACGAUUUUGAAUGGCUCCUCCCGGAGGGGGUUGUUAGCAGUUAACCAAACACAUCGACGGGGCAAUAGAUAUUGUAAUACAUACCUAUAUGAUUAAUAUUUGACUCAAGUUUCUGUACCAUGGGCAUCACAAUCUAGGUUCUAUCAUUUUAUAAUUGAAUGCAAAUAGUGUAAAUGGUGUUUUCAGAUGUACUUUAGUACCCUUUUUACGACUGAUCUAAAUCGUAAUUGAAUAAAUAGUGUAUUUUUCAUCCCAUA